AUGUCUAUUAAAAUGUUUCUUUUUCUAAUGACACUAGUUCUUUUCCGGUUGGUUGGUGCUCCUCAUUUGGAAUCCAUCAAAGUGCUCCGUGAUCUUAAUCGCGCUUUUCAAACGGAGCUCAAUGUGUUCAUUGAUUUUAAGGAUUUCGGUGGCUUAAAUUUACUCCAUAGCCUAGACACUCCCAGAAUUCUACUCACUUCAAGUUCGAGAGAAGCUAAAGAUCUGCGAAUCCGUGGAAACUUUACUGAAAGAGCCCUAAUCCUGGUUCAGUCAUCGGAUUCAGGACUAGAUCCCAAGGUGGCCAAUUUACUGCCUCAUCUGUUGAAUAAACUCCAUGAGCUGCAUAUAGUAUUUCUGAGCGUGGAAAAACCAGCUUUUUCUAAGGAAGAACUAUACACCUACUGCUUUAAAGAGGGUUUCGUUAAUGUGAUUUUAAUAUGCGGCAAGGACCUCUUCAGCUAUCUACCUUAUCCAACUAUACAACCAGUUAAGCUCGUAAAUAUCUCCGAAUACCUCAAUCGAGGAAGGAUCAUUCGUAACUUUAAAGGUCAUCCCGUACGCACACUUCGCACCACAUUAGCUCCUCGUGAUUUUGAGUAUUUCAACGACAAGAAUGAACUAGUCCGGGCAGGAUAUUUGUUUAUGGCAGUCAAGGAGCUUACUUAUCGCUAUAAUGCCACCCUGGAGAGUGUACCCUUGCCCGAUGUAUCGGAGUACGAAUCGUAUGAAGUCAUUAUGAACAUGCUGUUCACGAAAAAGAUCGACAUUAUUUGUUACUUUAAGGACUUUAGAUGGGAUGUGUCCUACACAGCACCACUCUCGAUUAUCCCCGAGUACUUUAUGGUUCCCCAUGCCCGACCCAUUUCCAGUUAUCUCUAUUACUCCCGACCCUUCAGUUGGACUCUGUGGUUGGUCGUUAUAUCAACUGUUUUCUACGGCACUCUGAUGCUAUAUCUAACUUCAGGAGGAGCACGAAAUGAGAUCGGGGAGUGCCUACUGCAUAGCCUCAGCCAUAUCCUGUACAAUUGCCACCAAAAUAUACGAACUUCUGGUUGGAGAGAUAUAGCUAUUCAUGUUAUUCUAACGAUCGGAGGCUUUGUACUCACCAAUAUCUACCUAGCCACGCUCUCCAGUAUCCUCACGUCGGGAUUGUACGAAGGGGAGUACAAUACGCUGGAGGAACUGGCCCGUGCUCCGUAUCCCAGUUUGCACGACGAGUUCUACAAAAAGCAAUUGCAAUCGAAUGCUUUUGUUCCAGAGGCUCUACGUCGGAACAGCAUGACCCUGAAUCCCACCCUGCUGAAGGCAUAUCGAGAUGGCCUCAACACAAGCUACAUCUACUUGUUGUACGAGGAUCGCCUGGAGCUGAUCCUUAUGCAGCAGUACCUUCUGAAGACGCCGCGCUUUAAUAUGAUACGUCAGGGAGUGGGCUAUGCUCUUGAGUCCUACUGCGUGUCGAAUAGUUUGCCGUACUUGGAGAUGACCAGUGAAUUCAUGAGGCGUCUGCAGGAGCACGGAAUCAACAUCAAAAUGAAGGCGGAUACCUUCCGGGAGCUGAUCCAACAGGGCAUCUACACGCUGAUGCGGGAUGAUGAGCCUCCAGCCAAGGCAUUCGACCUGGACUACUAUUUCUUCGCUUUUGUUUUGUGGGCCGUGGGCCUGGUUGUGUCGCUUUUGGUGUUUUUCGUGGAGGUGUUUAAAUUUAAGUAA